AUGCCUCUCCAGACGUAUCACCAUUCUUCCUCGAUCAAGGGCCUCUCCAGUAUCACCACACUGAUCGUCGGUGCUGAAGAGUCCAUCCUGAUUGACCCUCCUUUCCUGAUCUCAGACGCAGUGUCUGUCGUCAGCUGGGUCAAAACCACGACCGAUAAACCCCUCAAAGCGGUGUUUGUCACCCACCACCACCCGGAUCAUUUCUUUUCGGCCAAUGCUAUCCUUGAGGCCUUUCCCUCAGCGAAAUUCUAA